AUGGCGCUGGUGGGUGCGCUCAAGGUAAUCUUGUCACUCAACCUAUCGCCAAGCACGGCGGCGGGCGCCAUUGAUGCGCUUGCGGAAAAGACGCCAGAGCAGAGCAAGAGCAGCCCAGCUGACGACACCUUCGACCUUGCCGUGGUGAACGACCAGACGAAUGCCCGAAUCAGGAUCGCAUGCAGAAACGAGCAAGAUGUGGGACGGUCAAGCGGCUGGUCGAAAGCCGACCUGCCGCGUGGAACCGGGACGUCGCGAGACUUAACUCUAUCAUACCAUGGAAAGAUCGACUUGAAGCUGAAACGAGCCAUCUUUGUCGUUGCGGACGUCACUUUUCGACCAUUCGAACCCCAAUAUGCACACUUCCUUGAUAAGAUCAAAUACCACUACGGUAUCCUCGCUGUGGAGCAGGCCUUGAUCCAGACAAAGCUGCUACUGCGGACACACGAGCAGCAGGUUGAGGCGGUCAAGAAGGCCGAACAACGCCAAGUGGAAUGGGAUAAAAGAUAUCAUGAGUUGUCCCAACUUUGGACGGCCAGAGAGAGAGCGGACGAGAUUCGCAUCAAACGAUGGUUAAACCCGCCGGAUGACCAGCACAUCAACGACGCCCUUGAUAAAUGCGACAGGGACCGGAUAGAGGGCACAGCGCAAUGGAUACUCAACGGUGCGCAAUUCAUGUCCUGGAUAGCCCACAGCGUUGCCUCAGAUGGGGACGGUUUUGAAAAUAUUCUCUGGGUCAAGGAUAACCCGGAUGUUUUGAAUGCUUUUUCGUUUGCUGUGAAGCUGUCACGACAAACUUACGCCCUCGAGGCAGAGCUCGUCGGCCUCUUCCAAUUGGUCGCGAAUCAGCUCCCACGACUGGUCUUGAUCUUGGACGCUCUCGACGAGAGCAACAACCCAGAGGGCCUGGCAACAUCGGUGGCAUCAGUUCUUCAUCGCACAAAGGCAAAGGCGAUUGUCUUUAGUCGGCCAAACAUCAGGGUUCUCCAAAACCAGCUGAAGAGUUCGCUACGGCAUAUCCAUCUCACUCGGAAGAAGGUUGACUGGGACGUGCAGCGCCUUCUGCAAAUACGCCUCGGCCAGCUGGGACCGGAUAUCUUCCCGGCGUCUUGCUCUAUGUCCUGGGCCGUUUCGCACCUAGGCGAUCGCGCGAGCGGGAUGAUAUCAUGGGCAAAGCUGAUGGUGGACUAUCUGGGACUGCUCCCGGACGCUACCGCCCGGGAAGAAGCACACAAGGAACUUACGCCGCACGAAGAGUUGGUGGAUGUGUACAUCCGCAUCCUGAAGCUCAUCUCCGGAAAGACGUCGAUUGAGCGAGACAUCGCAAAGCGAGUAUUCCUGUACCUGACUUACCCCGAUCGUCACUUGGACGCUAGGGAGCUUUGGGAGGUAACUCUGCACUGGAACCGGCCAUCAGACUCACCGGGCAGGCGGAAUUGCCUGUCGCCAACGUCCUCGGAAUUGGAAUGGUUCCAUUCUGCGAUUCUCAUCCGCUGCGGAAGCCUUGUCGAGAAGCGCAGCCCCGGAUACGGGUUUGUUCACCAGUCUGUAUUGGACUUCUUUUGGAACGGACUGGAUUCCAAGAAUACCAAGUGUCAGGAUCCAGACGUCGCCCAGUUCCUGGCCCGGUCAGCCGAAUGCCACAAGCAGAUCGCCAUGGACUGCAUCACUUACCUUUCCACAAGGCUUCCCAGCGCCCCUUUAUCUGGCGACAAUGCGAUUCGGACAAUCUCGUGGCCGAUCCAUCUCAACGAGAGCGUUAUAUCGGUGAAGCAGACAUCACCUUCUCGUUACUCCCAUUUCUUGGAGUCGUACGUUGAGCUUGCUACGCUGCUGUCCAAAUUCGCCUUCAAUAAGUUUGGUAUCAUGACCUGGAUCGAAUUAUAUUACACGGUCGCCAGGGACAUUCGGCAUCUCGACGCACUUGAGGAUUGGUGCGCUGCGGUCGAGCCCGUGAGUCAAGUCCUGCCACGACAGUUCCGGGAUGCUUCAACGACAAUGAGCUGUCUCCAUGCCGACCUCAAAUUACUCAACUCGCAUUGGGGGAAAACUCUCGAGGCGAAGCCUUUCGAAAUCUGGGGCGAUAUCUCGAAAUACUUCGAAUCCCAGUUCUUGCAGAAGACUGCCGUUGUCGACAUCUACCCUCUGGGACCUUUCAGCCCCAACGAUUCAAGCCUGAGCUCCAAACCGCUAGCCAUGAUAUCACUCCCUAUGGCCAUCGGGGCCACAUUCGUUGUCCUUGGUAGGGCAUAUUUCUUGGAUUCAGAGAGCAGCGCCGCAGUGACGGACGACACUCGAGUACAACAAUCCUGGCACCUGCCCGCACCAACUCCUCGGACGGACCCAAGGUUGGCGUUCACCCAUAGCUACCAGAUCAGUGACGACGGACGUGAUAUCCUGCGACAGGAGUUGAAGUGUCUCACCACGGUGCCCUCUGAUGACCCAAUCAUGUUCGGCCUCUCAGUGCUCAGAAAGGAUGACCUCCGACAGCGUUACACUCUGCUCGGGCAGUUUGGCUCCCCAGGGACAAUGGUCCAGUUGAGACAUUGCAGCUUCCACCCAUCUCUUCCAUUCCUCACCACGACCUUUGGGGGACCUCAGAUCACAACCCCCAUCUACCAAGAGGCUCUGCGGGCAGCCGAAGAUUGUCAUCUUGGGUCAGAAACGGCCGGUCCCGGCUGGUCGAUGCAGUUGGCUCGAGCAGAGGAGGGAGGUGCGCUUGUUCAUCUGGCUCACGGAGGGCUAGAGCUCGGAAGACCACUAAGUGUGGGGUCGGGCACGUGCAGGCUCGCCUUAUCCAAGCGCAGCAGCCGGACGACACUUGAAGUCGUUCAAUCUGACGACAGCGCCAUCGUCAACCAACAUCUAUUGUCCUUCCCAGAUUCUUGGCAAGGGAUCGACAGUAGUGUCUACGCGUCGGUCGAGAGUUCAACCGCCAAGGAAAACCCUGUCGACAUCAGCAUAAACACGUCGAGCAAAGCCUGGUAUGAUUCUGGGCAGCCAGAAGGAGUCAAACCCAUGUUGGCUCGCAAGAAUCUUGCUGCCAUGCAAAUGCCAGAGACCACCGUUCUUAGGCAUGGACGCGGCCCUGGGCUCAAGCGAAGUGCGGACAUGAUCGAAGACGAGCUCUGCAGGCUCUAUGAGUCCAACAAGAACUUUGGCGGCAUCCCAGUGGUCGUCUUUUGCGGUGACUUUAACGCAUUCGACAAGGAGUGCAGGACCGGUCGGACGUGGAGUUGCUGA